AUGUCGUCCUUCUUCGGUCUUUCCAAGACGCGUACAUUUAAGCCCAAGCGCAACAUCCCAGAAGGUACAAAACAGUACCAGCUCAAGCGCUAUGCCGAAGCUACCCUGGGAAGCGGCAAUCUCCGACUGGCAGUGGUGCUUCCCGAAGGCGAAGAUCUCAACGAAUGGCUUGCGGUCAACACGCUUGACUUUUUUAAUCACGUCAACAUGCUCUAUGGUACUAUCACCGAAUUUUGCACGCCGACUGAAUGCCCCGUCAUGUGCGCCGGCCCACGCUUCGAGUACCAUUGGCAGGAUGCCAACUCGGCGCUCUACCGUCGUCCCACCAAGAUGUCAGCGCCAGAGUACGUCGACUGCCUGAUGAGCUGGGUGCAAUCUCAGCUGGAUGACGAGGAACUCUUCCCGAGCAAGAUUGGCGUGCCAUUCCCCAAGAACUUUGCUGCUGUGGUCAAGUCGAUUCUCAGAAGGCUGUUCCGCAUUUACGCACACAUUUAUAAUCACCACUUUGCCCAGGUGUGUGCGCUGAGUAUCGAGGCUCAUCUCAACACUUCCUACCGUCACUUUUUGCUCUUCAUCACAGAGUUUGAGCUGGUAGAGCCACGCGAGCUUGCGCCAUUGAUGGAGCUCAACGAGGCUAUCUUGGGCGAAGCAUAA